UUUGUGAAUCACUACUAUCAGAGUGAAUGGAUAUCGAGAAAUCCGCGGCCGUAUUCGUGGCCGGGCACCGCGGCCUGGUGGGGUCUGCGGUGGUCCGCAAGCUGAGCUCUCUGGGCUACACCAACCUGCUCCUCCGGUCCCACGCGGAGCUGGAUCUGACAUCCCAAUCAGCCGUGGACGGCUUCUUCGCGGAGCAUAAACCCCAGAUCGUGAUCCUCGCCGCCGCCAAAGUGGGCGGCAUCCACGCCAAUAACACCUACCCGGCCGAUUUCAUCAGCGUCAACCUCCAAAUCCAAACCAACGUCAUCUCCUCCGCCUUCAACCACAAAGCCCUAAAACUCCUCUUCCUCGGAUCCUCGUGCAUUUACCCCAAAUUCGCCCCGCAGCCCAUCCCCGAAUCCGCCCUCCUUACCGGCCCGCUCGAGCCCACCAACGAGUGGUACGCCAUCGCCAAGAUCUCCGGCAUCAAACUGUGCCAGGCCUUGCGCAUCCAGCACUCUUUCGACGCCAUCUCCGCCAUGCCCACCAACCUCUACGGCCCCAACGACAACUUCCACCCUCACAACUCCCACGUUCUCCCCGCUCUGCUGCGCAGGUUCCACGAGGCCAAACUGGGCCAGUUGGAGAAUGUGGUGGUUUGGGGGAGCGGGACGCCGCUGCGGGAGUUCCUUCACGUCGAUGAUCUCGCCGACGCCAUCGUCUUCCUGCUGGACAACUACAGUGGGCUGGAGCAUGUCAAUGUGGGGAGUGGAAAGGAAGUUACCAUCAAGGAGCUGGCAGAAUUGGUGAAGGAGGUUGUAGGGUACCAAGGCCACAUCAUCUGGGAUUCCACCAAGCCCGAUGGCACUCCCAGGAAGCUCAUGGAUAGCUCCAAGCUUGCCACUUUGGGAUGGGAGCCCAACAUUUCUCUCAAGGAUGGACUUGCACAUACUUACAAAUGGUAUUUGGAGAAUCUUCAUUCUUAACCUCAUUAUCCUAUUACUAUGUAUCUUCAUUCUCUAUUUUUGUUAUGUUGUUGGAGAAUCAUUAUAUACAUUCAUCAUUUCUGCUA